ACUUUCUCAAUAUCCUAAAAAAAGGUACACUAUCUUGUAACCUUCUGGGACAACAUCCACAAAUCCUAUGCACUCCAGCACCCCUAUAAGUUCUUUGUUCUCCUUUACCAGCCCAGCAGUGAAAAGGCUGCUUGGGUGGAAACAGGGAGACGAAGAAGAAAAAUGGGCAGAAAAGGCAGUAGACUCUCUUGUGAAGAAGUUAAAGAAGAAGAAAGGUGCCAUGGAAGAGCUGGAGAGGGCUUUAAGUACCCCUGGGCAGCCCAGUAAAUGCGUUACAAUCCCACGCUCACUCGAUGGAAGGCUCCAAGUGUCACAUCGUAAGGGUCUUCCCCAUGUCAUCUACUGCAGGGUUUGGCGUUGGCCUGAUCUACAAUCACAUCAUGAGUUAAAACCACUGGAAUGUUGUGAGUUCCCAUUUGGAUCAAAACAAAAGGAUGUAUGCAUAAAUCCGUAUCAUUACCGGCGGGUGGAAACUCCAGUGUUGCCGCCAGUACUUGUGCCAAGACACAGUGAGUUUAACCCCCAGCUCAGCCUGCUAGCUAAAUUUCGGAAUACUUCCCUUAACAAUGAACCCCUGAUGCCACACAAUGCAACAUUUCCAGAAUCUUUCCAGCAACCAACAUGCACUCAAUUUUCAUCUUCACCAAGUAACAUCUUUCCUCAAUCUCCGAGUACCAUCGGCUAUCCGGAUUCCCCAAGAAGUUCUUCUGACCCAGGAAGUCCAUACCAGAUCACAGAUACACCCCCACCUCCAUAUAAUGCUCCAGAGGUUCAUGGAAACCAAAACAGACACUCUACAGAUUCUACCGACUGCCAGCUUGUCAUACCAGCUCUAAAUAGAGAAUUCCGUCCGGUUUGCUAUGAAGAACCCCUGCAUUGGUGCUCGGUUGCAUACUAUGAACUCAACAAUCGUGUAGGGGAAACGUUCCAAGCCUCUUCCCGCAGUGUACUCAUUGAUGGAUUUACCGAUCCCUCCAAUAACAAGAACAGAUUCUGCUUGGGACUUCUUUCUAAUGUGAACCGAAAUUCCACCAUAGAAAACACACGGAGGCACAUCGGAAAAGGAGUUCAUCUGUAUUAUGUCGGUGGAGAGGUUUAUGCCGAGUGUGUGAGCGACAGCAGCAUUUUUAUACAAAGCCGAAACUGCAACUACCAACAUGGCUUCCACCCGGCCACUGUAUGCAAAAUCCCCAGUGGUUGUAGCCUGAAGAUAUUCAAUAACCAGCUCUUUGCCCAGCUCCUGUCACAGUCAGUGAACCAAGGAUUCGAGGUGGUGUACGAGCUGACUAAAAUGUGUACCAUUCGCAUGAGCUUUGUUAAAGGUUGGGGUGCGGAAUACCAUCGGCAGGACGUAACAAGCACUCCUUGCUGGAUUGAGAUCCAUCUGCAUGGCCCUUUGCAGUGGCUGGAUAAAGUUUUAACCCAGAUGGGUUCACCUCAUAAUCCAAUCUCUUCUGUGUCAUAAGUAUAGAGUCUUCAAUGUGCUAUUGCAGGCAGUGGCUUAAAGAGUAUCAUUUUUUUCAUCCAAAAAUUAUUUGUAAUGUAAAUACAUAUAUUUCAAUAUAUGUAAUGUGGCUUCUUCUGUGUUAACGUGGAAAAAGAUCUAAAGAUAUGUUCUAUGUUUUUGAUAUAUCCAUACUAUUUCUAUAGAGAGAGCGCUUCACAGAUGUUAUAUGGGCUAUA